AUGAAUGAAUCUAAAGUGACAAAUGUUGAUUUUGCUCAGGCGCCAUAUUUCGAUUACUCGCUUUACGAAAACUUCUCGGUAGUGUACGCAUUACCAUUGUCGAAUCACGACAACGGUUCGCUUAUGGCUAUCGCAUCAUUCUAUGCCUUGCUAUUCAUGCUGGGCACAUGCGGCAAUGCCGCUAUCUUGGCCGUUGUGCAUCAUGUGAAGGCGUCGGAUUCGAGAUCAAGGCACAACACAACCUUAACCUACAUAUGCAUACUAUGUAUUGUGGACUUUUUAAGCAUGCUGCCUCUUCCAAUGACAAUCAUCGAUCAG